GUACGGCGAUGAAAGUGUUUGGCUGCACCACACACUAAUUGUGUAUAAAAGCCAAUCUAUUCGUCUCGGUUCAGAAAGCACCAUCGAUAUUCCACCAUGAAAUUCACUUCACUCACUACUAUUAUCAUUUCUGCCGCAGCGAUGGCUGGCGUAGCUAUUGCAUCUGAAGACCUGGUGUUAACACCCAAGGGCUUGCCCUGCGGCUCCCCUGAUACAGUAGGGUGCUCAACGGGCAUCAAAGGUUGGAACAACGACGACGAUUUUGGGUUUUUCUGCGGACCUAAAGGCACCAUUAUAUCAUACACAGCAUGUUCAUGCAAAAACUGCUGUAUCUUGACUGCUGAUGGGGAUGACUUCCAGUGUGGUUCCUGACAUGUUGUGCGCAAGAGGUUGUGAAGGAACGCUGUGACGUAGUAUCAAUUUUAAUAUGACAUGCAUUGAAGUUCUGGAGCCAAUC